AGUUUAUAUUUGACACUGACAGUAUUAAUGACGGAUGACGGGUCAUUCUGCUCUUCAGGGGACAGUGGUUAUAAAAUAUAAACAAAUUUAUUAUGGCUUUUCGUCUAAAAUAACAAUAAUUAAGUGUUCACAGCUUUAAAAUGUUUGUAAAUAGUUAUUUUUCAAUAUCCUAAAUUAGUUUAGUUUUCUACUAAACUGAAUAUUAAACAAUGAAAAGUAUAGAAACUAUAGUGCCAUAUUAUAUAGAUUCAAUAAUUUGUAGUUGACUGGAGAAUUGGUUUCAGUCUGUGAAGGAAUUUUUUGAGGCAAUGCAAAGUAAUUCUAAAGCAGGACGGAGGAGGUACAGUUUGGGACCCUCAAAUGGGCAAUUGCCUAACUUGCUUCAAGGAGCCCAUUCAGAUGGCCCCAGACGACUCAAUCAACCACAAAAAUAAAGAAGAAAUGACCGAAGCUCAGUUAUAUCCAGCACCGAGUCAUGUACCAGCUCCUACCGCCCCUCCAGAAACAAUACUAAGUAAUGGCAACCACUUAUCUGCGCCUCCCGAAGUAACUGCCAUUAGCCGUCUUUAUCCGUCUAGUCGAAGAACUUAUUCUAAAUCCGCCCCAAUCAUGGGUACCUCUGAAAGUAAACCUUCAGAAUCAAAGUUAAUUAGUCUAUUUGAACAAUAUAAGGAUAGUUGUGAAGACUGUAUCCUUGCAGAAGGUAUAGAACAAUUGUGUCAAGACUUAUCUAUAUCUCCUGAUGAUUUCAAGAUACUAGUACUCGCAUGGAAACUAAACGCAGAGCAAAUGUGCUGUUUCACCCGCUCAGAAUUUAUAAACGGACUUAAAUCAAUUCGUGCCGAUUCAAUAAAGUCAAUCCAGAUACGUUUACCGGAACUAGUUAGUGAAGUUGAAAAUAACUAUGAACAGUUCAAAGACUUGUAUCGUUUCACUUUCCGUUUUGGACUGGAUUCCUUUUCAGGGCAACGAAUUUUACCAACGGACAUGGCAAUUAUUUUGUGGAAAUUAGUUUUUACAAUAAGGGAACCUCCGAUUCUUAAUAGGUGGCUCAAUUUCUUAGAAACCCACCAAAUAAUUAGAGGCAUACCAAAAGACACAUGGAAUAUGUUUCUUAAUUUUGCUGAUCAUGUAGGCAAUGAUUUGAGCUGCUAUGAUGAUAACGAAGCUUGGCCAAGUUUAUUUGACGACUUUGUUGAAUACGAAAAUGAUCAAGCUAAUCAGAAUAUUUCUAAGGACAUAGAAAAGGAGUCUGAUGGGUUUAUCAUCACAAAAGAUUGAUUGUUUCUUUGUAAACUUUAUCAUGAGCAAACUGCCUAAGUAUUUUCAAAUUGUGAGGAUUAUUUUAUUUUGCCAAACAUUAUUAAACUAUAAUUAAUUGGUUGAAAAAUGUUUCAUAAAAUUAUUAUUCAAAAAAAAAACAUAAAACUAGUUUAGCGCAUUGACGGAGCUCUUAAUUGCCACAUAAAUAGAAAAAUAAGGAGAUUUGGUUGUUUGUUGCAUCAAAUUUUAAGAACCUUAGACCUCAGACAAUGAGUACUUGAGUAGUACUAAAACAUAAGUACUUCUAUGAAUUCUAGUACUUGGUAGACUACUAAUUGAACUACAGAAUGUGGUAAACAAUAAUACACAGAUCUCAUUUAUUAUUAAUAAAACUUUUUGUAUAAAUUUGCAGAUCUCUUGCAAAGUAAAAUUAAAUCCUCGCACUUUGAAUACAGUAUUUUGUAUAUAGAUAUACAAAUGAUAUGUUGUGAUAUGAUUGUAGCUGUUUUAAAUUACUUUUAUAAUACAAAUGUUGAAUUGAACACAUCGCUUAUUAAUAAAAAAUGUAAAUCUAUUUAACAAGUGCUAUAAGGGUGCUAAACGUUAUAUUCUGUAUUGGAGGUAGUUAAUUCUUUUCUUAAGUACUUAUGCAAAAUAUUCAUCAUUCUCAAAGUAUGUAUUCAAAAGAAUUCCUACCACUUGAAAACAAUCAGCUAGUGAUGUCUUGACUUAUAGUUGUCUAAUUUGUUAUCAUAGUAAUAUUUUGGAAACUUAAUUCCACACCAGCACCUCUAGUAACAAAUGUGGUAGGCUUUCUAACAAUGAUUUACAAAGUACAUAUUAGAUUUGUUUUGCUUUUGCUGAGAGUAACAUUUAUACCUAAAUUAGAAUUUUUGAAACCGUUAGUUCAUAUUCAUACACACUGUUUACACUACCAUUAUUCCAACACUCACAAUUACACUGUCUGACGCGCGUUUCGAUAACAAAGUUAUCGUCUUCGGAGACUGGAAGAAACAUAAUACCUAUUAAAAUGACCUUAUUUAUUCCAAAAUUUCCUAUUUUCGCGAAAGAGAGUUGGUUGGUGGGUAAAUUUCAUAUAAAUAGGUAGGUUGUAAAUGUAAAAAUAAAAACAAAUUAACCUACCUCUAAACAGACACAUGUAUAUUUCAUUAAUGUUGUAAGUUAUAGUAUGACUAGAUAUUUUGAAUUCUACACCUGAAUCUAAUAUUAGCUCUGUAUUGAUUUUAUUAACAAAUCAUAGAGAUGUCUAUUUUUUUCUAAAAGAUGAUUGAAUUUAUUUCUUCGAAAUCUUAACUUUGGUUAGAAGAUUCUGCAAUUUCGCGACUAUUUUGUAUUCAUAAAUAAAAACAAUUUGGCAUAUCUUUAGAUCUGCAUAUCAUUACAGAAUAAUGUUCAAUAUGGUCACUUUUCAUGCAGAAAAAUUAAAUUAUAGAACAACAAAUAUUAUAUCUCAUAAAAUAUUUAGACGAUGUGUUUAAAAUUCUACUUAAAUUACAUAUAUUCAUUCAAAUAAUUUAACUAGGUCAUUGAGAGCUCUAUUUUCAAAUGUAAAUUUUAAACAUAUAAUUAAUCUUUGCAAGAGAACACUUUUGGUAGAUUUAUAUUUAAUACACAGGGUACAGUAGUUUAACUUACUUAAUACUUGAUAAAACCCAUUGUAUUAAUUGUCCAUUAACUUCUUGGGCUAUUAGUCCAUCUUCAAAAAUAACUAUUACUCCUUGAUGUUUCAGCAAAAUGUGCAGUUGGUAUUCGCUGCUCCGAUUGAUUCUAACUGAAGCAGCAGAGAGACCUAAUAGCCCAAGAAACAUUCAAGUAAACCCCAUUGUAGUGUUCGAAUAAAAUUUGGUUUUUUAUAAUGUUGGCAUAUUUUUAUUUUCUUUCCGAUUGUUGGUUAUCAUUAGUCCAUUGUCAAAAACAACUAUUGCUCCUUGAUGUUUCAGAAAAUUGUACGGUUGGUGUCUUCAGAAGUUGCUUGCUGCUGAUUCUAACUCAAUCAGUCGGAGCACCAGAGAGACCUAAUAGCCCAAGAAACAUUCAAGCAAAACCCAUUGAAGUGUUCGAAAAAAAUUGUUUUUUUAUAUUGUGCGCAUAUUCUUAUUUUCUUUCUGAAUGUUGGUCUAAUUGUUUUUUUAGAACAAUCAUUAAUGCCAUUGCAUCGUCUUGUAACCAACUGUCCCCUAACUCCAACUCAAGUAACCAUGUUCCUGAAACAUGUUUAUAUACUGGUCUGAAUUGUCUUCACUGAGACAUCAUUCUCCUCAAAGAACCAAGCACCAAUAUCUGUGUAAAUUGCGGAUCCAAGUGUGUCCUCAGAAGACUGUAAAGAAUUUUAAAGCAAUUCUAGGGAAUUGGUGUCAUCCCAGUAGAGCGUUUUUUGCUGAUGGUUCCAUAUAAAUGUAAAUGGACUUCACAGAUCAAAGAUCGAAGUGGCGUCUCUCAAAAGAAACCAAAAAGACAUCAACCAAAAAAGUUAUGCUAUUGCACCCUCUUUCAAAUAGAAAAUAUAUGAACAAAUGUAUAUAGUAAAAGAUAUAAAGCAGAAGGUAUUUAUUCUUGAAACUUACAAAAACCAACCAGCCUUGAAUCUAUUAUUUUCAAUUUUACUAUCUUAACGUAGAUUUUUAGAAAACAACCAUAAGGAAACGUCCAUUUGAAAUUAGAGUGCUUAUAGUACGAAAAGCCUUGAAAAUACUGUACCUAUUGUUUGGCAGCAAUAUAUAAAUUUAUUAUGGUGAUCGUUAAAGAUUAAUUUUUUUGCGAUGCUCUAAAAAGCUUGUUUUUGACGAAAAAACACUGGGAAAUUUUUUCUUAUUUAAAACAACUCGUGCUACUACGCGAUCUAAAUUAAUUUUUGGGUAUAAUUUUUUCUCUGAAAGUAUCUUAUUAAAUUUGAAAUAAUAAUUUCCGUCAACAAAAAGUUUUUUAAAUGGUGUCGCAAAAAAUUUUUAACGACAACCCCAAAUUUUAUUAUACCCUUACAUCAAAAACUAAA